GGUCAAUGGUCAAAGGGUUUAAAAUGUUACUUUUUAAUGGGUUCAAGGGUCCAGAUGACAAAUAUGUAAGUAGGAAUAUCCACAUUACAAAACGGACAUAGGUCAAGGGUGCAUCGAGCCAUUUUGCCAUCAUUUAAUUAGAUCUGAAGUUUCAUUAACCAUGUCAAUAUUAUAACAAACUUGAAUAGGAAGAGUUCCCCCUUAUUCUAGCAUGUCUUUUUGCAUAUGUGACGCUACGUAGUUGUUUCCACCUUUAUCUUUAAACCAUGAAAGAUUGCCAAGUCUCAAAUUUCAGUCGUUCUACAUAUGUCUUAUUAAGAUAUCUCUCAAUUGCACUUACGAACACAUUAAUAGUUGAAUGAGCUAUUUGAUAUUGAAGGAAAUGAAUAACUCUAAAUUAUUCGAGGUCCAAAAUAUUUCAAGUUAGAAUGUUAGUGUAAUAUCAAAUCCAUUUUGUUGAGCAGUUUCAGUAAAUUCCAAGUCAUUUUUUAGAAUUGGUAACUAUUAUAAAUUCUAAGUCAAUAAAAUUAAGCUAAGAUCUUGCAUUAUCUUGUUGGAUAAAAAUAAGAGCAUUUGAUAGUGAAAGUGGUCACAAAUCAAUUUUUGGAACAACUCUUUUAAUUAAACCUAUCUUAGUAACAUCUUUAGUGACAUGCUCUCUACAUCCCAUUUAUGUGCCCCUUGACUAGGCACAAAGUUUGUGAAAGAAAGCAAAACUUUUGAAAUUUGUGGUCUAAAGCAAACCUUAGAUAUUUGUGUGACUAUAAAUCAAAAUUUUCUUUUUGGGAUAAAUGGAAAAGAAAAGUGUGCCACAUAAAUUGGGACAGAGAGUAUAAAAUACAUUUUAUUUCUGAAGUUUUUGCAGCUUAAUUUUAAGUUUUACUUUUGGUUGGUUCCUUGACCACAAAAGAGAGAUUCCUAUUUGUGCCGGAAACACCUCAAUUCCAUGUUUAUCACAUCUGGGAUGGCUCAACAAUAGUCAUAAACAUAAUUUUGUUUUGAAAUUAUUACUUUUGCAAGAUCUAUAUAGGUUUGACUCUUCUUCUUCAAGAAGAAGAAAGAGUCUUUAAUUUUUUAUACAGUUCAUUACUAUGAACAUCAUUGAAAAUGUCUAAAGUUAUACGAUUUGAACGGAAUGUACCAAACUCAACAUUGAUAGAUAAAAUGAAAGUAUUGUUUUUUUAUUUUCCUUUGUCAAAUUUAGUUUUAUGACAUUUGGUAUGUGCCCUCAGUCACAUAUCAAAUGCCAUAAAACCAAAUUUGACUGAGGAAAUAAAAAGGCAACACUUUCAUUGUGUCCAUCAAUUUUGAAUCUGGUAUACUCCAUUCAAAUCGUAUAUUUUUAAUCUUGUUCAUAUUGAUGAAAAUCGGUUGUUAAAAUAUGAAUUUCUAUCUUCUUGAAGAAUAAAAGAUGAACCCAUAUAGUUUUGUAAAAGCAAGAAUUUCAUAAUAAAAGUUAUUGCAUGUCUUAGAUUUGAUGAAAGAUGGAAUUGAGGUGUUUUUCAGGAAAAAAUGACAUCUUCCCUUUUGUGUUAAACGAACAAUUAAAAAUCAAGUUGCAAGAACUUUAAAUACAAAGAAUAAUAAUAUUUAUAUAAAUUUAAAAGGUUCGAUCAAAAUGACCAUUGUGCUGUCAAAUGCUCCUACUUUUAUCCAAUACAAGACCUCACCUUAGUGUUAAUGAAAUGGAAUUUGCGGAACUGUUCGACAAGAUGUAUUUGAUAUUUGUGUGCUAUUAACCUCUUAACAAUCCAAUUUUUGAUAUUUUGGACCUCGAAUCUUUAAAGCUAACCAAUCCCUUUGGUACUAAAUGACUCCUUUAACUAUUUGUAAGUACAUGAAGAUGAGAGAUCUUUUAAUGAGAUGAAAGUUGAAUGAAGGAGUCACAUGUUUCUGACUCUGCAAUCUCGCAUGAUUAAGUUGAUGAUAAAGGUGGAAGGAAUGCAGGUUCACGCCAAUGAAGGGGGAGUUACACAAACACGCGGUGGUGUUUAUUGGUUGAUCUUGCCUGCUGGAUAUCUUGGUUCGUCUUUUUGGGGGAUGGUUCUCAUACUUGCAUCGACAAAUCUUCUCACCGCAAAAAUUGCUGCUGGUUGUUUCAUUGCUGCACUUCUCAUUGUGCUCUUUAUUGCCAAAAAUUGGACACUGCGAGGACUUUGCAUAGGAUUUAUCAUUUUCAUUGCUGUAAUAUGGGUUCUGCAAGAACUAACAAAAGUUCGCAUUCUUCGAUACGUAAUUCUCUUCAUAGGUGUUAUGAACAGCUUGUUUUCGGUUUAUGAUAUAUAUGAUGACUUAAUAUCUAGAAGAGUUCACUCAAGUGAUGCUGAGAAGUUUGCUGAACUGUGUCCAUGUCCUUGUAAUGGUGUUGGUUGGGGAGUUAUCUGGGGAAUGAUAUCUUUUAUAUUUCUCUGCGGAGCAAUGUACCUUGGACUUGUCAUUCUCUCAUGAGGUAUAUGUAAAUGAUUUAAGGACUUCACAAAUCCAGAAGAACAAAGUAGUUGCUGUUUUUGCUCACUAAUUCAUUUCCAUUCCUUCAAUGCUGUUGUAUAGCUUUUAGACAUUUAUUUUUGUCCCCAGGCGGUGUACUCCAUCACUAACCCUAUGGGCUCAUUCUUUUACACCCUUUCUUGGAUGGGGUUAACGUAGUCUUGUGUUGGAAUGCUAAAAUUCAAACACCAUUACUUUCAGUUUAUCUUUCCUUUAUACUGAGGAAAUUGAAAAUUGAUUGCUUAGCA